CUCUGCUCCUAGGCCUGCUCAUUGUCACCCUUGGUUUAUUGACUGGUUGGGGUGAUUGGCUGAGAUGAAGGUGACUGUCUCUUUUGGGAAGACGGGGAUUGUGGUUCCCUGUAAGGAUGGGCGGCUCAGUGUCAGAGACUUAACCCAGCAGGCUCUUCAGAGAUACCUCAAAACCAAAGAAAAGGACCCUGCUUACUGGGUGAACAUUCACCACCUCGAGUAUACAGAUGGGGGGAUCCUGGACCCAGAUGAUGUGCUGGCAGACGUUGUGGAGGACAAAGAUAAGCUGAUUGCCGUGUAUGAUGAACAAGAAUUGCACAAUAAGCUUGACAGCACCAGUGUCAGUUUGACAGACAGACCCAGCCCAGAUCCUUUUGAGAUGGAGGUGGCUGCCCAGCUGGCUACCUUUCAGCCAGUUGGUGGUGAGAUUGAGGUGACUCCUUCUGCACUGAAAUUGGGCACACCGCUGCUAGUGAGGAGGAGCAGUGACCCAGCGCUGGGCCCACCUGCUGGCUUCCUCCCAGGUGCUUCACACCCCACUGACAAUAGUCUGAAAUCCGUUGUGGCUGGCGCAUCUUUUGAAGAUGGAGAAAUGGAUCUCACUGGGCACACUGAACAGCUGAUAUCUCAGAAGGCCAAGUUCACUUUCAGUGAUAUGACAAGAACAGUAGAGAUUUCUGGGGAAGGUGGCCCUCUGGGGAUACAUGUAGUACCCUUCUUUUCAUCUCUGAGUGGAAGGAUUCUAGGACUCUUUAUCCGUGGCAUUGAGGAGAACAGCAGGUCCAGGCGUGAUGGUCUUUUCCAUGAAAAUGAAUGUAUUGUGAAAAUUAACAAUGUGGACCUCGUAGAUAAAACCUUUGCACAGGCUCAGGAUAUCUUCCGUCAGGCAAUGAAAUCUCCAAAUGUCUUCUUGGAAGUGGUUCCUCCAUAUAAUCGUGAACAAUAUGAAAAGUCUGUCAUUGCUCCCCUUUGUUUGCUCACAAAUGAUGAAGGAGUUCCAAAAACAAAGGUUCCACCUCCUGUUCUUACGAAACCAACUGUGAAAACACUAGACCUCUCUGGAAUGAACAGCCUGGAGACAGAUCUGCAGGCAACACUACAACACACUAAGAGCCCCAAUCUCCCAAGGUUGGGUAAGAAACCAUCUUCGCCAUCACUGUCUCCUCUGAUGGGCUUCGGCAACAAGAAAAAUGCAAAGAGAAUAAAGAUAGACCUUAAGAAAGGUCCUGAAGGACUUGGUUUCACUGUGGUUACCAGAGACUCUUCAAUCCAUGGCCCUGGUCCUAUUUUUGUGAAGAAUAUUUUGCCAAAAGGGGCAGCAGUCAAAGAUGGUCGUUUGCAGUCAGGAGACCGAAUACUGGAGGUGAAUGGCAGAGAUGUCACUGGCAGGACCCAAGAAGAACUAGUGGCUAUGUUGAGAAGCACUAAGCAAGGGGAGACUGUCUCUCUGAUCGUGGCUCGGCAGGAGGAAGCCUUUCUGCCUCGAGAGCUGAAAGGAGAGCCCAACUGCAGUAUUCUUUCACUGGAGACCACAGAACAGCUGACCUUUGAGAUACCCCUGAAUGAUUCAGGUUCUGCUGGACUUGGUGUCAGCUUGAAAGGCAACAAAUCUCGGGAGACUGGGGCUGACCUUGGGAUUUUCAUCAAAUCUAUUAUCCAUGGAGGUGCAGCUUUUAAGGAUGGUCGCCUGCGAAUAAAUGACCAGCUGAUUGCAGUGAAUGGAGAGUCUCUUCUGGGGAAAUCCAACCAUGAAGCCAUGGAGACACUGAGGCGUUCCAUGUCUAUGGAAGGGAACAUUCGCGGGAUGAUUCAGUUGGUGGUUCUCAGGAGACUGGAUAGACAAAUGCAGGAACGCUCAGAUCAUGGGUUUUUUCCAAAAGCAGCACUUGAGGGCAGUCAGACCUUUACCACUAUCUCCAGGCGCAAUGAUGCUGUCCUGCAGCAAUUUGUAACUUACAGUCCUCAGGAAAGACUAAAAGUUUCAGAGCUGACUAUGUCCGAUCAUGGUAGCGCUGAGAAUGAAGUUCCACCUCCCCUGCCGCCACACCCAAGUGAGGAGCUACUUUCUGAAGAUUAUAAUCAUAGCUCUGUAGUGGAUUCAGCAGCAUAUUUAACAGAUCAGAACAUCAACUUCAGAUCUUUGACACCAGCCAAGCAGCCUGAAUCAAUUAAUCUGAGAACCUCCAAAAGCAUGGAUCUUGUGGCAGAUGAAAGCCAGGUUAGUUCAUUGGCUGGACAGAAACAAGUUGGGUGUGGUCCUGCCUGUGUGUGUGUUGGAAGAGGCUUAAUAGCCUGGCUCGACAAGACAGAAUCUCCUGGCAAAGAUUUUGGUCCCACUCUGGGCUUAAAAAAGUCCAGCUCCCUGGAGAGCUUGCAGACAGCUGUGGCUGAAGUCAGGAAGAAUGAGCUUCCUUUCCACAGACCCAGGCCUCACAUGGUCCGUGGUCGGGGCUGUAACGAGAGCUUCAGAGCUGCCAUUGACAAAUCUUAUGAUGGACCUGAAGAUGCAGAAGAGGAUGGUCUAUCUGAUAAGAGCUCUCUCUCUGCUCAGGAAACUCAGAACUUUGAAUCAAUCCCGCAAGGGAAUCCUGAACUAGAAGAUGUAGAAACCAAGGCAAAGAAAGACAAAAAAAAUAAAGAGAAGGAGAAGAAAAAAGGAAAGAGCAAAGCUAAGGUCAAAGAGAAGAAAAGGAGGGAAGAAAAUGAAGAUCCAGAGAAGAAAACGAAAAAGAAGGGUUUUGGUGCCAUGUUGAGAUUUGGAAAGAAGAAAGAAGAGAAAGGUGGGAAAGCUGACCAGAAGGAAAAUCCAAAACAUGGCACACUGAGAGAAGAAGAACUAGAAAAGAUGAAAGAUGAGCGUGAAAGGAUUGGUGCAAAACAUCAGGAGUUACGGCAAAAGCAGGCAAGAGGGCUUGCUGAUUACUCCAUGAGCCCUGUAAGUCCACCACCUGAUGAUGAUGAUGAUGAUGAGAUGGACCCAAAUUAUGCCAGAGUGAAUCACUUCAGAGAGGCUUAUCCAGCAGCAAAUGUCUACAGGCCAUCGUCUCCCCCUGUAGCAGAAACCUUUGGAUACCCACGGGAUAUCCCUUCAGUAUCAGGAGAGAGGGAGCAUUUGGAAGGACUGUAUGCAAAGAUAAACAAGCAGCACCAUCCACAGCAUUCUGCUGACAGUGGCUGUCCAGCUGGUGGGAAUGCAGACCGUAUCCAGAAGCUACGGAAGGAAUACCAUCAGGCCAGGCGAGACGGUUUACCUUUCUACGAGGAUGAUGAGAUGAGAACAUGGUCAUCUGAUUAUGAUCAGCAAUGGGUGUCUGGAAAAGGUCCAGAUGGGAGUUCACACAAUCUCCACUUUGAAGGGAUGGAAAGGCAAUAUGCAUCCUUACCCAGGUGUGGCCCAGCAGAACCAAUGGAGUAUUUAACAGGGCCCCGAGUGAUAUACAAAGAGCGAGAUCUUCCAUACUACCAAGGAGGGCAGCCUGCUGUCCACCCCUCUAAAGGAAACUACUCUCGUGCACAAGACAUGAGGGCAGCAGAAUUGCGGUAUCCCCAGUAUUACCCAAGCCAGCAACUAACCACCCAGCACAAGGGACCCCUCCGCCAGGAUGUCCCACCUUCACCUCCCCAACCGCACAGAGUGCCAGCUUAUAAUGAAAUGGGCCGAACAGGGCAGCGUGGGAGCAGCCCGGAUCAAUACCAAUAUAGACAUCAGGAUUCCAGGCAGAAGAAUCCCAUGACUGCAGCUGUAUAGCCUGAAACUGGACUUUGUCAACAUGGGCUGGGAUGGAGGAUUCCUUGCAUUCCCUUUUUUACAGUUGGUCCUAGCAAGCUUAACUGCAUGUAGGAAUGGCACCUUAACUGGAAUCAUUCUUACUGAACCUGCCUCAGGAUAGGUUCGUUUUCAUAGGAAUCUUGGGCCAUAUCAGAUUAAGAGACUGUGUCUUUUAGGUACGUGCAUUACCAGACAUUCAGAUGUUUUUAACACCAGUUAAAAAUAGAAAGUGAUGGCUGAAAAGUAAGUGCACCUGUUAGUACAGCUCAGGGCUAUUUACCACAUCUGGCUACACACACAUACAGACACACAGUGCACCCUCUGUAAAAGACCAGUGGUGGUAUCGCCAGAGUCCAUUUUGGAUCUACACCACAGAAGUAUUAUAUCACAGAAGCCUUCUGGUGACCUUACCCUGUGUUCAGUGCAGUGCUGCUCUUCUCGGGAUCAGAGAGUCUUGUGUAAUCUAGUGCCGUGUGCAGUGGUGACUUUACCAAUGACUUCCGUGCUGUUCCACUCCCACUCGAAUCAGCAGUUUUAUAUUUUGAGAAUGCCGUAAUCAUUGGUUUUUAAUCUUAGCUGUAUCUUCCUCUUUCUGCUUGUUUGCUGGAACAUGCAUCUGGGAGCCCUCAUUUUUGGUAAUUCUGCAUCAAGUUUACCCACUUUUCAUAUUGCAAAUAACACAAUUGGACUAAAAUGAACUGAACUUGGGCAGUUUGGAGAGUAUUCACAGAACUAUCCUACAGGAUCAUUAGGGGAUGAGGCAACCAUCUGAAAAAUGUCUGUCUGUUCCCAUGUGUACGUAUAUUAUGCAGUGCACAGCUCUUAAAUGGAAGGCCUAGGGCCCAGGUGCUCAGCAGCUGUCAAUGAGUGUAGCUUCCUUGACUUCAGUGGAGCUAAUCCUAUUUAUACCUGCUGAGGAUCUGGCCCGAAGUGUGAAGUACAGUAGGUGCUAUUAAAUUGUUACUCCAUCAAGUAUUCAGAUGGAUCGGGGAGGGCAGAGCCUGUACUUGCCCCUACUCUAGUCAGGUUUGCAUAAAGGUGUCUGCUGGCAUAUCAGUUAAUGAAUUCUGAGCCUGCAGUUGUAAGCUUCUCUGCUAUUCUGCUGUCAGUGUGCAUGGCUCCUGCCGCUCGAAUUGUCACCUGUUAAUGCAGGGCCCACUGCUGAUCACUGCAAGGACGCUCAGGCUCUGGCAGUGCCAGUAUUGUGCAAAAGGCCAAGCAAUGCCAAUUCGCCUGGCAGUGCUCUGCACAGCAACUGGGAAAAAGGGGGCAAGGGGGCGGCUUUAGGCUUUUAAAAGCAACAGGAUGGAGAAGAGGAUGAGGAUAACAGAGGAGAGAUUGCUUUAGAAACGUUGGGGGCAAAGAGAAAAGGAAUGAGGAGAAUGGUUUAAACAAUUAAGGUUUUUUAAAACAAUUAGGUGAGGAGAGGAGAGACGCUGAGGUUCAUGGAGAAAGAGAAGACAAGGGGAGGGACAAGUGGAGCGGGAGCGGGAGAAGGUAGAAGAAGGACCUAGCUUCUUUCCCCCAACUCUCUGCAGACAUGCUCAGGGCGGCUCUGGCCUUAAGGAGGUAAAAGAUGCUCUGAGGCAGUUUGAAAUAUGCCUCCCAGCCAUGCAACUUCCCAACUCCACAGACAUUUGCUGUACAGUCUAACUGGGCUUCAGAUGCUUGAAUGCUUCACUCAAUGAUUUGUCAUGCUAAGCAUUGCUUAGGGAACCAGAGAGCCUGUAACUAGGAACACAUUUGAAGUAGCUUCUGAGUGUCCAUCAUUCUUCAGGCUCUGCCUUUGGAAGCAACAGAAGCUCGUUUGGGCCCUUCCCCCUCUGAGAGAGAGGUCUGGGACCUGGCCUGGCUGACGCCCUUUGGUACGCAGCAAAUGCAUCAGGAUUCAUUGCACAGCUCGCCUCCCAGUUAUAGAUCACACAAAGGGUCCCUUCAUCUGUUGCGUAUCCCUUUAUCAGGACUGGUAAGGAUUCAUUCGCUCUCUAGAGACUGGUGCAUGGUGUAUCUGAGUCUCACACAGGUUUGCACAGCUGCAUUCCAAGGGGCUCUUCCAACCAUUAGAUGCAUUCCCAUUCCACUGUAAACACUGUGUAGGGGACAUGCCACACACAGCCUUGUACUUCUUUGAACGAGCUUUCUGUACUGGGUGGUAGACUCGGUUAAUAAAGAUUUGGCAGCCACAGGGUAGCUGCUAGUGACAUGAACGUCCACCUAAAGCAAAGUGAGAACAAAUUCAAAUACUUUCCUUUCAUCUUUUGAAAUACAGCCCCAGAUGCAUUUGAUCCAGCUGUAAAGGAACAAAUAUGUUUGUGACAGUGGCUUGAUCAAGCCAGACCACAAUUAAGAACAGCUCUGAAUAUAAGCUACUGCCUUAUCAUUCAUUACCUACUAACCCUUCAAAUGCUCCGCAGCACAGCUUACAGAACUCAUUUACAGUAUUUCAUGAGCCAGGGCCAAAUAAAAACAGGAUGGAAACAGCUUCUGGGUUAUUUAUGGCCUUUGAAGGGCUUGCUCAAUUGUCUCUCUGUAACCUGAAACCUCCUGUGAAGGCUCACAUUGACUGCAAUGGCACCACUUGGUUAGGAGAGACAGAUCAAACGAGCACCUUCCAAGUUGUUAAUCUUACUCAACAUGUUACACAGAAGAGACUUAACAAAAAAUAGUAGAUACUCGUAUAAUAUAUGGACACAUCAUACACUGCUGGAAGCUAUGAAGGAGAAAACUUCUGACCUUGCUGGGGGACAGGAGCAAAAGGCAUUACAGACCAUCUCAUUAAUCUAUGGUGCUGGUCUAGGAGAAAAUUGCAAUUUGCUGGUUUAAUAUCUUGUAGAGGUACUGUAUUUGCAAAGCAUGAUAUAUAACUACUGUAUGUAUAGUCUGCUUCUGUGCAAUGUAAAAUGUAUGAUUUUAGCACCAUAUUGUGGCAAAUAUGUACCGGGCAAAUUUCACGAGGUGCUACAACUGACAGUUGAAAAUACACCACUUGCAAAAUCCAAAAGAGCCGUUCAGUAACAGGUUGCUCUUUUUCCCCAUAUGUCCAUAUGUUUUGGAGUGUUACGUGUCUGAAAUGCUCUUGACACAUAGUUGCCUCACAUUCCUUCAUCAAAAAUGUGCCAAUCCAGCAAAAACCUUCCUGCCGUGAUCUGGGUUUGCAAGGAGAGCCCAGGUUACUGCAGGAGGCAGAAUGCUGUACAUUUGCACGGUGGCAUGAAUCAGGAUUAAACAAGAGCAACCUGCUUGCAUGCCAGGAAGGCUGCUGUGACUCCCAAGCUGCUGUGCUGGCUGAGUUGCCGCAUCGGUUUCUGAUUCUGGUAAAGAGGCAGUUGGGUGGUGAAGGAUUUAGAGACACAAAUAGAAACUGGUGACUUGCUGAGUGACCGAGCACUCGUGAUCCACUGACAUUGGCCCGUGAGGAACCAUUACCACUGUGAUAACUGCUAUUAUAAGCACUCUUGCAAAGAUGUCUUUGUGAAAAAUGGAGGGCACUCAAGAAUGAAAACAACCCCUAUCCCUAAAUAACGCCUGCAGCCCUGAACACCAGGUCACACAAACGUCCUAAACUAGAAAUAGCUUCACAUGCUGCCUAAUUUUUGUACAGAGUGAAAGUGCUACCUCCUCCUCAUCAUCAUCAUCAUAAGCAUCCUCAAAGAUUUGCUUUUCAGACAAAGACAGUUCUGAGUCAGUCCCAUUACUCUUCUGGGGCCUGAUCCUGAGGCUUUCCACUGAACUGAAGUUGCUUAUCUCCUAUCCUGCAGUCGUGAUUGCAGUUGUUUGCAAGAGUAUUCUAACUUUACGUGCACAGUCUGGAGAGUGCCCUUUGCUAGCAACAUAUAAUAAACCAGGACGUGUUGUUUAUAAGUCACUUUUCUAUUAUUUCUUCGCUUUUUUAUGAUACUUGACUAUGGUUGUGUGUGUUGAAUAAUAAAUACAGUGAAAUCAUUGGGAGGAGAGAUUCAACACCAAAUUUGAGAAAAAAAUUUGGUACCAUAAAUGAUUUUGCAUUUUUUUGUUAUAUAUGACUAUAUAAAUUUUAUCUGUUUUUAUUUUGCAUUAAAAUAAAGGCUUUAAGAUUA